UGAAAUUCAAGAGCUCUUGUCCGUCCUGAAUCGCACCUUAAUCCUUGGUAACCUUGCCAAUUCUUGCAGGAGGAAAAAACAAAUAUUGUUCCACGGGGCGGCCAAGCUAUUAUUUAAGCAUUAUUUCCUUUGUGCACUUUGUGAACAGAGUGUUUUGAAGCACUCCAGCCCUCAUUGCUUAGAUACUAGCUGGGUCUGAACACAGCAGAGAAAAUGUCUGCGAAAAAGGGACAUUGAACGGAGCCCCGGAAAGCGGGAAAUCUGCCACACAAUACGGAUUUGGUGGGGCCACGCAAGCUGAAGGGUCCCAGCCCCAACACCCUCCCCCCAAAUAAUUAUCCGAAAGGCCAGUCUAUCUCUUAGAGGUGGGCAACGCCAUCCUUGCAUCUUUCCUGGUCUUCCUUAUCGACUCCUUUCCCAUCAUCUCAUGAACAGAAAUCAGCUAAGCAGUGGUCACUGAGAUCAGCUGUGCUAGAGGUCAGCUGCGUGGAGGAGCAGGAGGAAAGAAGCAUCUCUUCAGAGCUCAGCUGCUUCGCUGGCGAAUGAGCACGGAUGCUCGUUGCGCUCAGCUCCCACCAGUCGUUGCCCGAGCCAGCAAAGUGUGUUGUUCCCUGGAAGAAGACGACAACCAUGAUGCCAGCCGGCUGGGGUCCCCAGGAGGCAACGAGGCCGCCGCGCAUCGUUUGGGCUGAUCUCGUGAUCCGGGUCCCCCUGCACCAGGGCUGGUCCAAAGUGGCGCCCAAAGAGAUGCAAGACGCGACCUUUGCGGCAGCGAUGAAGCAGUACCCAGGAAUCGAGGGUCACAAAUUGGGCCAAAGGAGCAGGAGGAUGCAUCUGCCUCAACGCUGCCAGGAUUGCAUCCGAGGAGCCGAGGCAGAAGACAGAAGGGAGCCCAUUGCCCCGGCCUGCCACGCAGUGCCUCCCUCGUCCGCUCCAGAAAAUGGAGACUCUCGAGAAAAACGUGCCGUCCGGACGAUCCUGGUCGACCUGAGACCCAUCCUGGAGAAAGUGGUGGACUCUUCUCCAGAGAUGUCGGAGAGAGACCCCCCAAACGACGAAGAACACCUGCAGAUGGAGAGUGGAGAUCUCCCCAAUGAAGGAGGAGGAGGAGGACACACCUCAGAGAUGGCCAUUGCUGGUUCCAUAGAUUCCGGCAUCCAUGAGGACCUCUUGCCGCCUCUCGCCAGCGAUCCCUUCCGAGAACCCAGUGCCCAUGCCAAGGCCCCAGAGAUCUGUCCUCAGUCAGGCGACUCAACUGAGCUUCAGGCCGCGUUGACCCAUGAACCGAAACUCGGAACGGCCGUUUCCUCGCCUAAGAUUACAUCGGAAGAGCUGGGAGCAGACCAUCUAUUGCAAUCGAUCAAGCCUUCUGCUUCCCUCCCAGACUUCCAUCUCCCCACACAGCUGCUGCUGCAGAGACUGCAGGAGACCACCACCAGCCGGCAUCACUCGCUGAUCGCGCAAGUCCUGAGUUCGCUGCGAGAGGAAGAGCAGCCGCCUCUGGAUGGUGGGCACAAGGCAACCCCCCUCCUGCAGCUGCCCAGCAUCAAAGCUUCAGAAAGGAAGAAGGGUGGCCAGGAGAUGAAGCAUUUCAAGCCCGGCCAAGUGGCCGCCGAAAGGAUGCUCGGCAAGUUCACCUGGCACAGGUGCCACAGGGCUGUCUAUGGGGCCGGCUCAGCCCCACAAGCCACAGACCUUUGAGUUGCUGCAAGGUCUUUUAUUAAAGAUGUUGUUACAAAACGAACGAACAACUUAAGAGCUUUGGUUUCUAUGGGUCCAUUCUGACACCACUCAAUGAGGUUUUGCUGGUAACAGGGGUUUGAACUGAACUUUACUCUGCUCAGGGCAGACCCACUAAAAUUAAUCAACCCAAGCCAGUCAAUGUCUUUGGAUUUCAACAGUUCUACUACUCAAGCUGAACCAAUUAUUUUGCAAGGUUAGACACACACACACACACACACACACACACUAGCUGGCCCUGCCACACGUUGCUGUGGCUAAUCCCUGUGACUGCCCCCACCCUGUGC